AUGGAAUAGUAAGAGGAGACAUAAGUAAUAAAGAAGUAAGCUUAAGAUGAAAAAUACUGGGAUGACUUCUCGUCUGAGUAUGAUUAGCAUGUUACAAGAGUAUCAACACAGCCAUUUAUAACACUCUGUACUUAAACUAAUGCAUACAAAUCUUCAACUAUACUUUAAAAAGGAGGAGUAUUAGUAUCAUGCGAUUUUAGUGGUAAAAUGAUGGAACUUACAAAUACUAAGUUUUAAGAGUCAGAAUGGGGCUCUUAGAUUAGUGGAAACUCAUUUAAUAUUACACCAGAGUAAUUGACGUAAUUAGGGGAUCACUCCUAUGAUCUUGAAAAUUAAAUUAGUAAAUAUAUGGAGAACGAGCAUAAUAGGUUUUUUAUGGGCUGCUAAGCGAAUAACGAAUCAUUACCAUUUAAGAACGAUACUUUUGACUGCUAUAUUGCUAAUUUAUCUCUCAUGAUUGUUGAUAACCACGUAAAUUAACUAUCAGAAGCUUACAGAGUUUGCAAAAGAGGCUCAAAAUUCGGCUUUUCGGUUUGGGGAAGAGAAGAAAAUAAUAAUAAUUUUAAAAUAGUCAACUAAAUUUUCGAAAAGUAUUAACUUGGUCCUAAAGUAAAGCCAACUAAGACAAAUUUUCACAUUUGCUAAAAUCAAGAUUAGGUAAAAAAGGAGAUGGAAGAUAUUGGCUAUACUAAUAUCAAAAUGUGGCUCUAGCCUAUGAAUUUCCCAUAUCAAGAUUUCAAUGAUUAUUGGGAAACAAUGUUUGCUAGACCAACAUUCGUGCCACUUUUAGCUAAACUUAGUGAAGAUGAAAGGAAGCAGAUGAAAUAAGAUACUGAAGAUCUUUAUGAUUAACUUUUAGGCAAAGAUGCUAUUGACCCGAAUUGCUUUGAAUUGCUGAUAAUAAUAGCUGAAAAAUAAUGA